GGACGAUGGAUAGCAACAAGAACAAGGAGUGCUGUUACAGCAACGGAGGCCGGUGCGCUAGUGGCCUCACAGUGGUCAUCGGGACGGACUGCAUCUCAAAGACAGUGUCCGCGGCAAAGUAUCAGAAUCAGUUCAACAACAACAAUCUAAUCGAGCAGGAAAACCUGAUGCCUCCGGUGCACGAUCGAGUGUCCGGCAUGGUGCAGGACGACAGUUCGGCCUCGACGUUACCCAAGGAGAAUGGUGUAGCAGCGGCCAACGAAUCGCCGGUGAAAGAUAAAGUUCUUGCGGAAAAUGGAUCUUCACGACACAUCACGUCCAUCUUUAACCAAUCAUCCUCUCCGAUCGUCCCUGCUGGCAGUGACAUUCCAUCCGAACGAUUGCUUCCGAGCCUACAAUCAUCCGUGGACUUUUUUAUCACAAACACUAACAGCUUUAAUCCUACCACAAACGGUACCAGCACGGAUCAUCUUCGAACUACUUUGUCGCACGAGAGCAAUGGGAUCGUUCCACCAGUACUAGAGGUUGCAUCAAACGGUACGUGUGAACCUCCGGAUGGAUCUAACCGGCCAACCGUACCAGAGAUUCCCGUUAAAUUGAACUCCAACGACGAUUCCUGCCCGCCGGAUGAGGGUGACUUUUCCGACAACAAUUCCCUCGGCAAUCUGUCCUACGUGAGCGAAAACGGUUUAAUCGAGGAAAUCAUUCUUCUGCCGCAAAACGCCUACUCCGAUGAUGAUAAUGCAUCCACCUCGGACGACUGCAUCUAUGCGUACAGGGGCGGUGAACCGGACGGUGCGGCUGGGCAGUUGUUAGAUCUGCAGGGUGAUUUACCGCCCGAUGACGAGACCGAUUUCCUCGAGAUGGAUUUCGAUCCGGAACCAAGCUCGGAGAUGGAAAACUUUAACCGACAGUCAGAUUUUAUGCUCGGUUUGGAUGAGGAUAAGUAUGCCGGUGUGCCAAGACCACCGGAAGGGCAGCCGGAAAACGUAGCGAAUGGUUCACGAUCUAGGAUAUCUUCGCCUGCGGUACCACACGAACCAUCAACAUCCACGGGACCAUUGGAUAGGGAAAGCGAAACAGCACAAAAAGGAAAUGAAACGGGUUUUCAUCAUGUGCCGGAAACGAAUAGCGCACCGGUACUGGCCGCAGUAGAAGAAAGUAACGAUCAGUGGGAACAAAACGGGGAAGGUGAUGGCAUGGUACCAAUCGUAAAUCGGCCAGAAGCACAUAAAACGGGUGCCAUUCCAAAAAGUUUGCCCCGGCUGGCGGACUGUUCCUCUACACUGAUGGAAAGCGAUGGUUUACCGGUUAAGGCAAAAAAUCUUCGGUUAGAGCUUUCUUUACCUCCUGACGAAUCGGAUGCGGCCAAUGCACAUCGUUACCCGCAGGAGUCUCCUUUCUACUACAAAUCAGCCGAAUUUGGUGCAGGCAAACAGCGACCGAAGCCGUUGGAUGAGUGUGGAGAAGAGAUGCACUGUUUGGAUUGUGCAGAGCAAGAGUUCCUGAUGCGCACGAAGCAAGACCCGACCAGGCAACGGUACUGUAAUGCUUGUAAAGCGUCAAAGGAGGAAGGCAAAGGACGAUCCCUUGUAAAAGAAGCUACAACACGACCGUACGAUCGAGGUUUCUUUGCGGGAUCCGACACCAAUCAGCCGCAGAUAGACGACGAGCGGUGGGAUCCGCAUGUGGAGCAGAUCGUGUAUGAAGCGUUGCACAAAGUCAACACCCUCAAGGAGAUGCCACCCACGGGCGGAAUGCUGGCGAGAGAGCGUCUUCAACAGAGCAAGGGAAGCGUUCCGUGCAUAAUGGACGAGGAAAUGCACGAAGAAGUCACACCGGGCAUCGAUUGGUUUGGGCAACAAGCUUCGCAUGCCCAUGCGAAAAAGACUUCGCGAGAGCAGAGUGUAACAAUAUACACAUUAAAUUGCAGUUUAUUGACAAUAAUGGAUUCAUUGACAAGCUUUGGCCUUACACCGAAUGAGGAAGUGCUGCGACAGUACUUUUACGACCAGUACGAAGUCGACACGUCCAAGAUGACCAUACCGCAGUAUCUGCUACACAUGUCGAAGCGUGAUUGCAACUACAGGAAACUGAUCGACGCCAUCAAAUCGAGCUGUGACGAUGAGCUGCUGGAUAUACAAUACUAUCCGCUUAAUCCUUUCUCGGAUAUGCCCGAAACGGUGGAAAUUUGUUCGAGUGAAAUAGCAAAACGAUGGACCGCCAACACUAACCUGCGGCAAAUUAUUCACUUUAAGCACAAACACUUUCACACACUAAAUGUUCUCGGCAAAAUUGUGAACAUUCUUCGGCAACCUUCCCGUGGUCGGCACACAAACCACAUGAUCAGUAUACCGCAGUACUACAAGAGUGGCAUUAUCAAGAUCAAGCAAAUGGAUUUAUGGUGAGUGGACAUCC